AUGAAGUUCGGCAAGCAGAUCAAGCGUUUGGCGGCUCCGACGCACCUCAACCACUACAUCGCCUACGACGUGCUCAAGAAGGCCAUCAACGUCGUGGUGCCAGACGCGCCCCAGGAGGGCGGCACGCCGGACAUCCGCGCGGACAUCGCGGCGGUCACGGAGGAGUUCGGGGACCAGAGCGGCCACCUCUCCGCGGUCGCGCGCCCGGCCGAUUCCCGCUUCCACCACCUGCUCCAGCACGAGCUUCAGAAGGUGAACCGCUUCGCCUCGCUGCAGCUCCGGACGCUGCUCGACACCCUCCGGGAGGCCCACCACCCGCUGCUCUUCCCCGAGGGCCAGGGCCCGAGCGAGGAGGCGCUGGCCGCGGCGGAGAAGCUGCUCGACAGGGCCGCCGAGGAGCUCGUGCAGCUCGAGCAGUUCCGCCGCGUGAACUUCACUGGCUUCCGCAAGAUCGUGAAGAAGUUCGACAAGCGCCUCGAGCAGGUCGGUGCGGGGAGCACCAAGCUGGAGUUCUGGUUCGUGCUCCAGCUGCAGCGGGAGUUCUUCAUCGCCACGCCCCUCGACUCGCACCUGCUGUCGCUGGCCUGGGGCUACGCGUCGAUCCGGCGCUUCCGGCGCGGCGGCACGCCUGCGCAGCCUGCGCAAGUCAGGAAGGCGAGCACCACCAGCUCGUUCUUGCUGCUGCCGACGGAGCGCAUGCGGGCCCUGUGCAGCCUGGUGAAGCGCUUCGAGGUGGUGCUCCCGCCCCAGGACAGCCCCUUCAGCGCUCCGGAGGGGGCGGGCGAGACGACGCAGCAGCAGCAGCAGAAGCUGCUCAACUCGCUCACGCCCGACGGCGUGGGCAAGCAGAACAUCGUGCUGUCCGCCGAGACGACGCUGACCUACCUCGACGGGCCCGGCUUCCCGUGCUACGCGGCGCGCCUCGCCGGCGGCGGCCCUUCGCCCGCCGGCUUCCGCCUCCGCCGAUCCGCCAGCGAGGCCGUCGGCGCCGGAGGCCCUGCUGGCAGCGGAGAGCUGGUGGAGCGCGACGGGGCGGCGUCCGCGCUGGGCGUGCACGCGUUCACCCCGGUGGCCACGUUCCGGUCCCCGGACGCCUUCCGGCUCUACCCGGCGGCCUUGGAGGUGGCCGACGACGACGUCAAGCAGCUGAGGAGGGCGGCCGCGGCCGUGAUGGCCGGCCCGGGCAUGCAGGAGGCCGCCUCGCUGGGGGACGAGGGCUGCAGUCAGCUCGAGGCCUUCGGGAGAGAGGUGAGCUCCAUGCUCGACGCCAUGGGCUCUGCCCAGGUGGCGGCGACUGUGCGCGGGGACCGGGUGCUGCUGCGCGGCGACGGGCCCAUGGCGCAGGGGAUCUCGAUCGCGGUGGACAAGGACUUGCAGUUCAGCCUCGGCACCCCUGGGGACACCCCAGACGAAGCUGUGGACUUCCCAUACUGCCUUCUUGAGGUAGCCUCCGACAGUGGCGAGGUCUCUGGCGACUGGCUCGAGGAGCUGCGCAGAUACGGCGCCAUGCGAAGCGUCGAGGGCUUCAGCAUCGGCGCUCAUGCGGUGGCGGCGCUGCACAAGGACGAGGUGAAGCCGCCAGACUGGUACCAGAACUUCGCCUCCAUAGAGACCUCUGUGCCGCCUGAGACGUGGGGCCUCAAGCUGGAGGUCCGCAGGAGCACCAGCGCGCACCCGGGUGCCCUUGCUGCCGUGCCCACCUCCAGGCCCGCGCCCGGCGACCCGAAGCCACCGCCCGCACCGGCGGCCAUCUCCGGGCCCCCGGUGCCAGUGGUGCAGGAGCAGAGCCUGGAGCCGAAGGACUUCCUGGCCUCCGAGAGGACUUUCCUGGAGUGGGUGAGCACGACCGUCAUGCUCGCCGUGAUGGGCAUCGGUCUGUGGAGGUACAGCCUCAGCCUCGGCGAGGCAGAGCCCGCUGCGGGCGGGCUGCUCAACGCCACCAGUUCGAGCGCCUACUCCUUGGGGUGCUACGGCCUCUUCAUGAUCACCGUGGCGCUCGGCUUCAUGUGGUGGGCCGUGUUCGUCCACCUUUCACGCGUCAAGGCCGUGGAGGCCGGGAAGGCGCUCGAAUCCGUUUUCAACAGCCCGAACGCCCCGACGGUAUUCGCCGUUGCUGUGUGCACCACGCUGAUCGCCCAGAUGGCAGUGAAGGCCGUCCCACUGUUCGCCGCCGUGCUCGCAGGGUCCAGCGGCCACGCCUCGUGA